AUUUUCAAUAUAAGAGGAGAGAUCCGAAAACCCUAGUGCUACGUUUGGAAACAUCUGUUCUUCAUGUAUUGUGCUUAGUUGAAGGGGUUUGCUUUGGAUUUUAACAUCCGAUGAGAGCAAUUAGACUUCCUGAACCGCCUAGCGGAUCUCUGGGCACGCCGGAGAUUUUCGAAGGCGGGAUUUACAGUGUUAUUAGGCGGGCGGUUAUAUUGGGAAAUGGUUUUGCUGGUUCGGAGAAUCAGAGUAUUGGAUUGGUUCGUGCUCUCGGGCUUUCAGAUAAGCAGUCGUUUUAUCGUGUUACAAGGCCAAAAGGCGGAAUCAAUGAGUGGCUCCAUUGGCUCCCGGUUUCUCUCCACAAAAAGUUAAAUUAUGUUAUUAAGCGAAUUUGUGGUGAGUCCCGAUUUCUAAAAGCUGGGGCAAGGAAACUGGUUCCCAUUGCUGCUGCAAAUGGUGGGAGUUCAGGCUUGUCAACUGUUCUAGAAGCCGAUGCAAAACAGAUAGCAACAAUUGCUCGUGAGACUUUUGAGAAGGAUGGUCCUUUAUUGGUGGUUGCUUCUGGCCGUGACACCAUAUCUCUAGCAAGCUCCAUAAGACGAUUAGCUCCUGAAAAUGUUUUUGUGGUCCAGAUACAACAUCCAAGGUCACAUUUGAAUAGGUUUGAUCUGGUGAUUACCCCUCAGCAUGACUACUACCCAUUGACUCCUCAAGCACAAGAACAGAUUCCUCGGUUUCUCCGGAGGUGGAUAACGCCACGUGAACCUCCUGAUAGACAUGUUGUCCUCACUGUGGGAGCUCUACAUCGGGCUGAUUCUGCUGCACUCCGGGAGGCUGCUACUGCUUGGCAUGAUGAGUUGGCACCUCUUCCAAAGCCCCUACUCGUUGUAAACGUAGGCGGGCCUACAAGUCACUGUCGCUAUGGUGCGGACCUUGCCAAGCAAUUAAUUUUGUCACUACAGAAAGUGCUUCCAAGCUGUGGAAGCCUGAGAAUAUCUUUCUCUAGAAGGACUCCUCAGAAGGUAGCCAACAUUUUAAUUAAAGAACUCAGUAGUCAUCCAAAGGUUUACAUUUGGGAUGGGGAAGGCACAAAUCCACAUAUGGGGCAUCUAGCGUGGGCGGAUGCCUUUGUCAUCACAGCAGAUUCAGUUAGUAUGUUGAGUGAGGCUUGCAGCACUGGCAAGGCUGUCUAUGUCAUUGGGGCAGAGCGAUGUACAUGGAAAUUCUCUGACUUUCACAAGUCUCUCCGGGAACGAGGUGUGGUUCGGCCAUUCACGGGUAAAGAGGAUAUAUCUGAGAGCUGGAGCUACCCUCCUCUUAAUGAUACGGCAGAAGCAGCAAGUCGGGUACGGGAAGCACUUGCUGAGCGUGGAUGGAGAUUGCAGGUGUAAGGAACAUUUUGAUUUGUCAAGUUUUACCUCAUUUAAAGAUUGGAUAGUGCUCAGAAUUGUGGCCUUGAGGCAACAAGUUUUUGGUUAAUCAGGCUUUGGCCCCACACCUCAUUGGAUGGUGUUCAGAAUUGUGGCCUUUGGGCACAGGGGUGUUUGCGUCCAGCCUUUUGUGAACCCAAAAAAGUGAUGGUUCAUUUCAUCUGAUCAGCAGCUUGGCUAUUAUAUGUUGCUUAUACCCAAAUACUAUUUGGACAUUUUUUUCUACCCCUCUAUUUUGUCCACGGUUGAGU